AUGACCCCACGACAGAAGCUGAUCUUCGACAGAAUCCCCCAAGAUCCAGAGGCACGAUCCCUGAUUGUGGGAGUCGCAGUAGCAGUCUAUUAUGCUGUCUCAGCUUGGUCGCAGGUCUUAGUUUGGCCUGCAGUCCAGGCUCCAUACUAUAAAUACGGCUGGCAAUCCGCGCUCGCUCUAUGGGUGUUGGUUAUCAUCAUGACGUGUGUUUUGCGCUUCAUCGAUAUCCGCUACUUGCUACCGAAGCGUCUCGCUUUUGCAACGACGCUGAUUUAUACGGAUGCAGCGGAAGAAGAGCUUGGAGGUGAUACAAUAGAGUCAGACGCGGCCGAGGAUCCGGACAGCAAGGCGGCAAAGCAAGUCAAGACUUCGAAUGUAGCUUCUAUCUAG